AUGUCUCGUCGAUCGUCUCGGGCCGUUCCCGCAGCGGAAUCUCCAGCUGCACCAGCACCAAAAAGGCGCGCGUCUGCUAGGCUCUCCGCCAGCGCAAACCCCGAGCCCAAAAGGCAGAAACCUCAAGAAAGCAGCAAGACAGAAGCAAAGCCUGUCAGGUCCACCAAGAAGAAAAGCAAAUAUUUUCAAACUGAAAAUUCCGGCGACUCCAAGUCCCCCUCCGAUCCCUCAUCGGAGCCAGAGGAUCCCACGUCGGACUAUGAUGCGCCCGCUAGUGGCGGUUCGGAGGAGUCGCCCUCAGCCGAAGAAGUGGCUAGCAAGCCCAAGGCCAAGCAGACGAAAACGAAAAAGGCCGGCAAGGUGAAGAGCGAGUCAAAGGAGGACAACGCAAGCGCUGAGUCCGACUCAGCCGCCUUGGAAGACAAACAGCUCUGGAAAGAAGGCGUCAAAACCGGCCUUGGCCCAGGAAAAGAGGUCUUCAUCAAGAAGCCCAAAGCGAGGGACCCAGGCGAUGUGCCCUACAAAGAUCAUACGCUGCAUCCCAACACGCUCCUCUUCUUGAAGGACUUGGCCAAGAACAAUGAGAGAGCGUGGCUCAAAGCGCACGACGCAGACUAUCGUGCGUCUAAGAAAGACUGGGAAACCUUUGUCGAGAGUUUCACGGAGAAGGUUACUGAGAUUGACGAGACGGUUCCGGAACUCCCUGUGAAGGACAUGGUAUUCCGGAUACACAGAGAUAUCAGGUUCAGCAAAGACCCCACUCCAUAUAAGACCCAUUUCUCAGCAGCAUGGUCCCGCACCGGGAAAAAAGGCCCUUAUGCUGCGUAUUAUGUCCACUGUCAACCCGGAUCUUGCUUCGUCGGGGCUGGGCUCUGGCAUCCGGAGGCCAAUAAACUCGCGCUGGUCCGACAAGAGAUCGACAGUAACUCUCAUCGUCUGAAGGCCGUACUGAACGAGGAGGGACUGCGCCGUGAGUUCUUCGGUGGUGUGGACGAUGAGGAAGGAGCCGUGAAAGCCUUUGUUUCCCAGAACAAAGAAUCGGCGCUGAAAACCAAACCAAUGGUAAGUUAG